AUGAUUGGUGGCGGACCUACAUACACCUUCCAUCGACUGCUUCGUUCCCGUCGCAGAGGGAGAGGAAUCCAGUACCUGGUAGACUGGGAGGGUUACUGCCCUGAGGAGAGUUCUUGGGUUCCAGCUCGUCAUGUGUUGGACCCCCGGCUCAUCAGAGAGUUCCAUCAGCGCAAUCCCGAGCAACCUUCUAAGAUCAUCACAUCAACGGGCAGAGACACAGGGAGAGUCUCUUCACAUACUGUCAGCUCUUCCGAGGAGGACAGCGAGGGGCCUGCUUCGGAUGAGGACGCCAAUUCCCACAGGGGGCAGGAGAAGGAGGCCGAAAGAACUUUUUCAGAUGAGUACUAA